AUGGAGAAAGGCAUUAUGAACAUCAAGUUGAUGGAUAACCCAGUGCUAACUGGCGGCAACAACCAAAAGACAACGAGCUGUGAUCAUCUUGGCAGUGAGAGAAAAAUUUUCAUGAUAAUCCAGGCCCUUUGUUUAAGUAAAACCUUUGGCAACAAGGCGGGCUUUGUAGCACUCGAUAGAACCAUCAGCACAGUGUUUGAUCUUGUACACCCACUUGCAGUCAAUGGGAAAUUUGCCAUGAGGCAAAGGAGUAAGAGUCCAAGUGUGAUUGUCAGCAAGAGUAGCAAGUUCGAAGUCCAUAGCCUCACGCCAUCGAGGAUCGCUGUUGGCCUCUGCAAAAGAGGAAGGUUCUACACUUCGACUGAUGGAGUUAACAAAAGCAAGAUGUUUGUGCGAGUAUCGAUGGUAAGAACUAAAAUUACAGAGGGGAAAACGAGUACCUGGUGGAGGAUCGGUUGGCGAAGACGAGGAAUGAUGUGGGGGCAGAAUCACCUGCGAGUAAACGAAGUCCUUGAGGCGUGUGGAGGUUUGCUUGGGACGGGAGGAGGUACGGGUAGGCUGAGCUGUGUAAGGUACAGGCUGGGUAAAGAGUACAUCAGCAGGAAGUGGUGCCUAGAUGCUGGCGAAAAGAGUGGGGUCCGUGGGAAAAUGGAGAUCAAGAGUGGGUUGAUGGAGGAGGUCUAA